AUGCAGCCAUUCAGCCUUGGACUCCCUGAUGGAAAAGUCGUCAGUGGCCUGCACAGCUUGAAUCCCACUUUAGGGUCCUCUAACAAGCAGACUCCCACUCGCAAUCCGACUCCACUGAUUGUGGCCCUGCACGGCGGCACCUAUACUUCAAAGUACUUCGAUGUAGACGAGGUCUACUCUGCUUCGACAGUCAGCAACGCACUCGGCAUUCCGUUCGUGGCCAUCGACAGGCCAGGCUACGACAGUUCCACAGGGUUUACUUCGACGCCCGCGGGAUCCAGCUACGCAGAAGAAUCCGGACUAUGGCUUCAUCGCCACGUCCUCCCGCUUCUAUGGUCCAAGUACGGAGUGUCCAGCGGUUGCAGCUGCAUCGUUCUCCACGCUCACAGUCUCGGAACCAUUUCUGGGAUUAUUGCCGCGACACUGCACGCAAAGGAAUCCGAGGAGGGUGGGAAGAAACCGUCGUAUCCGCUGGGUGGGAUUUCUAUGUCUGGAUUUGGAAGUCAGCCCACCGAGUCGCCAGUCAGUCCCCAGGACAUUGGGACAACGCCGAUUGUGAUUCCCCCCGAGGUAAAAGACAAGAUGAUGCUCCAAGAGGGACACGCCGACCCAAGCGUCUACAAAUACACGGGUGCCUUGAACCAUUCAAUGUCCGUCGAAGAGAUGUCGUCGGCCGGAACAGUCUGGUUCCCCAGGUGGAGGGAGCUGGCUGGGUCCGUGGUGGUGCCCGUGAUGGUCGGUUUUGCGGGUCAUGACCUGAUGUGGAAUGGGAACAAGGAACACCUUGAAGAAUUCACAAGCGCCUUUACUGCCAGCGAAAGGGUCGACGGCAGCGUCAUCACAGGAGCUCCGCACAACUUGGAACUGAGCUAUUGGUCGCGAGGAUGGUAUGCCAGGUGCUUCGGCUUUGCCCUGGAGUGUGCGGCGCGUUUCGAGCAAAAGACGUUGUCUCUUUGA